UGACAUCAGUUGGAUUCAGUCACAAACAACGACUACUAAACCUCAAAAUCAACAAUGCUUUACUCUGUAGGGCUGAGCUUUGUGGUGCUGCUGUCGGUGAUUGGAGCAGCCACAGUAGACAGCGGGGAGUAUGACUACUUCAAAUACCACCCCAUGUCAGAGAUCACUGAUUGGAUGACUCAACUUGAGAAGGAAAACCCUGAUAUUGUGACCAUCAUGGACUAUGGAAAAACCUAUGAGAAGAAGACUAUUAGCUUGCUCAAGAUCGGGGUUAAAACUGGAGAGAAGAAGAAAGCCAUCUGGAUGGACUGUGGUAUUCAUGCCAGGGAAUGGAUCGCCCCAGCCUUCUGUCAGUACUUUGUCAGACAGAUUCUGGAUGCGUACAAAAAAGACCCCAAAAUGGAAGAGAUGAUGAAGAACAUGGACUUCUACGUCACCCCUGUGCUGAACAUGGACGGCUACACCUUCUCCUGGACAAACGACUCUACUCGACUGUGGAGGAAGAACAGGUCACCAGGACCAAAAGACUGCGACUGUUAUGGAACUGAUCUCAACCGCAACUUUGACGCCUUCUGGGGAACUGUUGGCGUAUCAUUCGACUGCUGCAGCAUUUUCUACUGCGGCAGCCAAGCUGCGUCCGAGCCCGAGACCCAGGCCGUCACUUAUUUUGUAGGGACCCGGAAGGAAGACUUCCUGUGUUUCCUCACCAUACACUCCUACGGCCAGAUGCUGCUGCUACCCUACGGCCUGCCCAACGUCACUGACCCCAACUACAAAGAGCUGAUGGAGGUGGGUUUGGCAGCAGCGGAAGCCAUAAAGAAGGUCCACGGGAUGGACUACACUGUUGGAACCUCUCCAGAUAUAUUGUAUGAAUUCUCUGGUUCAUCCAAAGACUGGUCUCGUCUGCAAGGGAUCCCCUUCACCUACACCUUUGAGCUAAGAGACAACGGAACAUAUGCAUUCAAACUCCCAGAGGAUCAAAUCAAGCCAACCUGCGAAGAGGCCUACAGCGGAGCCCUGCACAUCAUCACCUACGCCCACGACAAGACCUUUAAUGGUGCUGUGGCGACUGCUGCUGUAACCCUGUGGACCUUAGUGUUGGCAGUGGGUGUCACCGGCACCAAUUUGAUGUAAGGAGAACAGAACUCCAAGUGGGAAAUGGACCAAAUCUUAAAGGCUUUAAGUUCCAGUCAUGCUACGUGUAUGACAUGAAAUUUUAUGAGUUUUAAGAGGGUUUUAAAAGCACUAAAAUGUGUAUAUAAUGUUGUCAAGAUGUUUUAUGUUCAUUUAUUGUGUGAUUUUUGUGCAGAUAAGUUAUGAUAAAUGUUAUUGAUGUGUGAAUAUUGAUGGUAAAUAAUGCAUAUUUACGAUUGCAGACAAGAACAGCUGCUUUGUAAUGGCUUGAACAAUCUUCAUUAUUGAAAAAGGUCUAUUUAAGCUAAUAAUAGUAAUAUUCUUUGCUAGGUCUUUCAUGUGUACAGUCUUUUCAUCUAAAUAAACCUACAUUAAGACCAAGUGACGGCCUUGGGUGUUAAAAAUUAAGCCCCAAAAACCGCAGUUCCUCAAACAUCCACUAGAGGCUGGCUGCAAAGCCAAUGAAUCCUUAUUAGGUCCCAUGUUAAAAUGCCUAGUUAUCCAGCAAAAUUAAACAUGUUUGCAGCCUAGCAUUAAACCAAUUUUGGUCCACAUAACUUUUCUUUAUGCUCAC